AUAUAUAUAGUAGACUAUCUUUAAAAUGCUAAGCAUAUAUAUUUUGUUUAUACUGUUUAGACGUAUGACUUACCGCCAGACUUUUGAUAAUUUUCACAUCCUUAAAAAAAUAUAUAUAUGAAUUUAACAAAUCCAAUUCUAAUAGUGGUUCACAUGAUUAAUUAGAUUUGCCGCCCUUAAUAAAAUAUAUUAGUUUAUAAAAACCUAUUAUUAAUAAAUAGUUACUGUUAGAUACAAAUUAUUUAUUGGACGUAAUAUCAAAUAAAAUGUUAUUUUAUUUAUAGAAUAAUUCUUUUUUUAUUUGCUGCAACUGUUACCAAUCAUGCACAUAGUUUCAAUACAAAUCACGGGCUUCUUUCCUUCUUUUGGAUAUUGUAAGUGUCUAUACAAAACUAUAUGAGACUUAACAAUUUCAUAUUGUAUAGAAAAUUUGUGAUACAAUCUCAAUUUUUAUCUAACGAACCAUAAAUCAGUGAUCGGGUGGCACAAGGCGUUCCGUAGAUCUCCAAAAAAUCCGAGUUCGAAUUCGCUGUUAAUCCAGAUUAACAUAGUGCGUGGCCACCAGAGUUUUUGACAUUCUUUUCUCCGGAAAAAGAUUCACCUUUUUCUUUAUCUAACGCCAUUGAAUUGAAGAUUUAUUUAUUAAUCUUCUCUAUUAAAAAAUACACUUUAAAUUUAUUCUCAUCUGUUCUUAAAAAACAAGUGUUUCCACUAUAUACGAUGUUAUAAUAUAAAUAUAUAAUCAUGUUAAAUGUUUAUAAAAAUAUUAAAGUUAAUUUUUCAUAUAUAUAUAUAUAUAUAUCAUCUACACAACUAUAUUUGAACUAUAAGAAUACCAAAAAAAUUAAAGUUAAUAAUUUUGCAUAAAAUUGUGAAACAUAUUCAUUUGCAUAAAUAUAAAUUAUUUAUGCCGAAAAUUGGUUUUAGUAAAAUAAAUAUAUUAAUAUACGUAGUAAUUGAUUAGAUCAACUCAUACAAAGUAUAAUAUAUAUAAAUGAUCCAUGUGAAGAUAAGUGUUGAAUAAAAAUAACUUAUUUACCAUAUAGAAUUGAUUUGUUUAUCAAGAUGCAAUACAUAUUAUUGAAAAAAUAUCCAUAAUUAUUUUAAAAUAUGUAGGUCAAAGUCUAAUUUGUAUUUAUAGGUUCUAGCUGAAUAGCACUAAUAGAAUAAAAAAUUUGGCGAGAAAACAUUUACUCCAUAUUUAGCUCACAUUUUCACCAAUCAAGCAAAACAAAAAUUUGUCAACCUGUACUGAAAAGAGGAAAUGACUUACUUUUAUCCUUCACUGUUACUUUCUCUACUUUUAUCAUGCCACUUUUUUUUUGUUCUAUAUUUUUUGUUCUAUCUUUUUUUUUUUUUGAACACAAUUUUUUUUCUUCUAUCUACUCUAUUUUAUUUACUCUCAAUACUUUCACUAGUUACCAAUCACACUCAUAAUAUUUUAAGAAACCUAUAUACUUUAGAAGAAACUAUUCUCGGAUUACUCGAUUUUCCGUAUAGUCAAACUUGAAAUUUUGACAUCUUAGCAAUAUAAUAAAAUAUAAAGACAAAUGAAGCCAGUUUAAUUAAAUAGAAAAGCCUUUUUUAUUAAAUUAGACUAAGGUUCUGCAUAUUGGUUCACAUAAAAGGUGUCUAUUGGUUCACAUGAAGCCACAUCGUGCUUAAUAUAUGUCUUAUAAAUUUGUUAUACAUACUGAAGUGAAAAUAAUAAUUAAACAAAAAAAACUAAAAGAUGUGGUAAGAAAGAAAAUAUAUUCUUAUGAAAUACUGGUAAAACAUGCUAAACUUUAUAAAAAUAUAUAUGAAAUCAGUCAAACAUAUUUUCAGUGUUUUACCAUAUUUAUUUUAAUAAAAUAGAUAUACCUAAUAUGUCAUUUAAUAUAAUUAAUUAUCUUAAAUCAAUGCAUGAGUUUAAAUAGAAAAAAAUCCAAAAGAGGAGAUUCCUUUUUUUCUACCCAAAAUUAAUGUUUGCGUUACUUUCCAUUGGUAACCCAAAUUAGAAGAGGAAGGGUAUCAAAGUCAUUAACCAAAAUGGCAUAUGUGUAAUUGUUUUGAACCUAAAGGGGUAGUUUACGCCUCCUAUCUCUAUAUAUUAUCCCCCCUACUCAGAUCUUUUGUCCUGCCAUUCCUAUUCUCUUUCCUUCUUCCUCAUCGCUGACUCUCUCUCUCUCUCUCUCCCAGUUCUAAUUUAUUAUUUAUUAAAUUAAAAAGAUAAAUAUAAAAUUCUUCUCUGGUUAAAUUAUUUUCUUAUCCGGUUACUUCAAAAUUACUGUUCAACCGCAGUAAUUUUCCCCCAAAAUUACAUAUUGCUGACGUGGCAUGCAUCCAAUAAAAAACCGCCAUGAAUACCAAAACGAUGCGUCUUCCCCCACGCCGUGUGCUGACAUCAGACAAACGAGUUAUCUCCGGCGUCUUCGCCGGUAAACCCGCCGUGACAAAUCCGCCACCGCCGCCGAAUAAAUCUAUCCUUAAGAAAACUGAAUCCGUCGCUCCGACAACUGUCGCCGCCGUCGUAGCCGAGCCGGCCAGUUCGAACCAGCUCCUCGCCGGUUAUUUGGCUCACGAGUUUCUCAACAAAGGCACACUCUUCGGAGAGCAGUGGAAUCCGGCUCGAGCCCAAGCCGGCCCAUAUCCGGCCCAAUCUACCGAGUCGAGAAAAACUAAGCCGAGCCAUGACAUCGAACCGAGUGACCAUAAGCGGAGGAGAUAUGAGGAGGUCGCUAAUACCCUCCGGGCAGAUGGGACCCACUUGCCCGGUAUCGUCAACCCUUCACAGCUUGCCCGAUUCCUUAAAUUGUGAUGGCGCAAAUCCACGUGGCUCAAGGAGAUUGGUGCGUCCACCGAAAAUGAAGACGGAUGUUAGCACCGAAACAUUCCUCUUGUCUCUGUCUUCGUUCGAAAUUGACUCGGAAAUGUUAGGGUUCUUGUUCUGGUCGGGAUUAGAUGUACUGUCUUUUUGUAAAUCUGGUUAUGCAUUAAUUCUCAACUGUUUGAAAAACAAAACUAUUUUUGUGAAUUUUCUGAAUCCAUUCCAUUAUGCAUUAAUUCUAAUCAUAUAUGUUACCAAUGAUU